CAACGCUUUUAAAGAGAAGAAGCGCUCAGUGAAAUUAUGGGUUGUUACUCACACGUCAAAUAAGUAGUAGACCGUUUAUCUCCAUAGUAUAGACCUACACACAGAAUUUUGCAAGUUCAUAACCAGGAACUGGAUAAUGCUGCAAAUGCAUAGUUGUGAGCUACCGGACGAAGAAAAAGGUGCGUGUCUGAACUAUUCGGCACUGACAUCUCUUGUUAAGUUAUACCCAGAGAGCACACUGCAUCGGAUUGGAAGCAUGUUCAGAUCAAAGAAAAAGAAGAUCAGCAUCUCCAACGACAACCCUACUUAUACUGUUCUGUAUCUUGGUAAUUCAACCACAAUUCAGUCGAAAGGAGACGGAUGUACAGACGUUGCGGUCAGCAAAGUUUGGACCAAGAGCGACAUGGGGAAGAUUGGCACAAAAAUGAAGCUUACAAUUAGUUCACAAGGUAUUCGCAUGGUGCACACAGACGAAAAGGCGAAAAAUCCUGGGCACUUGUACUUACUGCACAGGAUAACUUACUGCGUUGCCGAUACAUGUUUUCCAAAGAUAUUUGCAUGGAUUUACAGGCAUGAAAUCAAGCAUAAAGCUGUAAUGCUCCGGUGCCAUGCGGUGCUAGUGUCGAAGCCUGAGAAAGCAAAAGCCAUGGCACUUCUCCUGUACCAAACUACAACAACGUCUCUGGCCCAAUUUCAGAGACUUAAACGGAGAGAGGAUGCCAGACAUCAACAACAACGUGUAAUAGGUGAGCAAACAAUCCCACUGAUCCCCAUGAGAAAACUGAUGAAUGGACAGUGCUACUAUAAACCUCCCGUGGAGCGCAGCAGGAGCGCACCAAAACUCGGCUCCAUCACCGAGGAUUCGGAUGGGGAGAAGGAAGAAGAGAACACAUCUGUGCUUUUUGAAUGCGACGAGUUUCUAGACGGAGACUGUUUCGAGGACAGCAAAGAAGAACUGUGUAUGAUAAUAAAUGACCUGGGAGAGAUGUGCAUUGGCAACGACCCACACACGUUGAAAACUGACAUGCAAGUUACACGGUUGCUCUCCGGUGAGAGCACGGGCAGCGAAUCUUCCAUUGACAGCAAUCAGGACUUUUGCUCCAGCACUGAUGACUCAGAUGAAUCUUCAGACGACAAAAGUUCAGAAUCUAUUUAAGACAGCACUGCUUUGAUAAUGCCUGAUCAAACAUCAUGCCUGAGAAAAAUGUGUAAGAUCCACUGGCUCGAACAAAUAUCCAACCAAGCAUUAUUAGAAAGAACAACGCAAGAUCACAUAGUAACUACGACCAAGAGGAGAAGAUGGAGAUGGUUUGGACAUGUCUUAAGGAAACAUCCGAAUUACAUCCCUAGAAUAUCAGCAAGUUGGAUUCCCGACAGCGGCAAGAGGGGACGGCCUAAGGAAACAUGGACUAUAUUGAAAGAAGAAAAAGAACUAGGGAAGUCCAUAGUGUUGCCCCUACACGCCACAUAGGCGUUAAGGAUACAAUAAAAAUAAUAACUGCUUUGAUCGUUACUUGCAGUACAUCGUCUUCAGUGUUUUCCUCGAACUACUGUACUUUGUACACCCGAGUAGACCUUUAUUGUCUUAUUCAGCAACAUUAUAUCUUGGACUGAACGAGUUAUAUGCUACAGGUCAAAUUAUUACAUUUUUAUUGCUAUAGCCCUAACGUGACUCUAGGCAGUUCAACAAAUGAUAUUAGAAUUUCACACUGCGUCAAUAAUCUGACCCUCUGUUUAAAUAGAGCGUGGCUAGUUACAGAGGUCCCCUAGUUAUUGCUUUUCAUGUUAAUUCAUGGUGUAUAUGUCUGUAUAGUUAUUGUAUAAUAAUGAUUCUAAAUUGCUGUUUGUAUGGUUUUGAUCAAAUGUUUACCAAAAAUAUCUUUGCUAUGCAAAAGUUGGAAUAGUUCACUCAGAAGCAGACAUACUUCAAAUGAGAGUUCCUUCUGCUAUUGUAACUCUUACUGUAAGUAAGUAGCCUACAGUUUGUCUUAUGUUGUUAUGUCUGUCAGAUCUGUACAAUAAAGAGCAAAUCAUAAUACUGCAAAAA